GGACAAGUGAUCCAAAAUGGUGGCCACCAGGAGCGGGUUGCGCGUGUGCUCCCCAACUAAAACAAAUAUCGAGCAGCCCUCCAAUGUCCAGGCCACUCCAUCCAACGGGAGAAGAACCAGGAGCGCGGCUCGACAAGCGGACAUCUCCACUCGCCGUGCCUUGGUGGAGACCAGCGAACGGCUUCGAGAAGAAACGAGCGACCCGCAGACGUCUGUGUUGAAAAAAUGCACCCGGACCUCCAGACUCCACAGCCCCGAGCAGCCCUGCGCUCCCGUGGGCUCCACCCACGAAGCCGAUGUGUCCAACCUGGAGUCGGGGUGCUCUGUCACGGCCGAUGUGGAACUUCCGGUGACGCGCAGCAGGGCUGCCCACAAAGUGUAUCAGGAAGAAGAGGUAUCCGAGGUGGAGUCCUGCUCUUCCAAGAAUGGCCGAAGCACACGGAGGAGAGCUCCAGACAAGAAGGGGGAAUCCGGUAGCUCUGUUGUGUCUGACAGUGAACCUCCAGUGAUGUCUAGCAGAAGGAGCAGAAGACUUGCUGUCACCUUGAAUUUUGCUGAAGAAGAAGUGUCUGAGGCGGACUCCUGCUCUUCUUUAGUGUCUGCGCAGAAAACUGUCAAACGCACGAGGAGCAAAGCCGUUCCUGACGUGGAUCCUGUCAAGGCCGCAGAUGACAAGGAGGCCACAUGCGAUUUAGUGCUGACUGAAUCUCAAAGCGUCACCCGAAGUCAAAGAAAAAGCACCAGAAUCUACGCCAAUCCGCAACCGGAUGAGUCUGACGUUUCCGACGCCGAGAGCUUCACUUUGGAUGUCUCGGGAGCUGCAGAUUUGCAGUCCUCGAGCCGCAGAAGUAUGAGAUCCAGAAAGCUGUGUCCUAUUCCGUUCAACCUGGACGAAGCCUCAGAAAGCCCUCCAACUCAGAGUAGUCGACGGACCACCACCACUAAUGAGAAGUCUUGCGACUCUGAGGGCUUCGAAUCCGGUACGGAAUACACCAUCUGCACCCGUCAAACGAUGAAGACCCGAUCCUCGAGUUCCAAGUACGCAGAAUUGGACUCUGACCUCACGGACGGACACUCCGCCCCGGGUAGCCCCUGCAGAAGUCGCGCCGGCUCCGGGAGCGGUCGGCAGUGGCGACCUGCACCCAACUCUACGCUGUUAAUGAAGGAUCUCUCCAUUGUCCUGGAAAACGCCACGGAGGGAAACUUAUUACAUGACUCUAUGUUAGAUAGCACGGUGGUUGCUGAGGAAGCAGACUGUACAUUGUUGGAAGAAGAGAAGAAAACCACCUUGAUGUCAAAUGAAGCGGUAGUGAAGGAAGUCAGACAGGGAGAACUGGAUGGGGAAGAGGUUUCUGGUAAGGUCGCAGUGGCGUCCGCAGACCAGCAGGGCGAGCUGUCUGCUGAAAACCAGGAAGAGGACGCCUCGGCAGUGGAAAAGAUUGAGGACACUGGGCCUUCAACCUCAAGAAUAACAUGCGAUUAUGUCAGAACAGAUGACGAGACGAACGAAAACGUGCACAUGGAGGUGUCACUGGAGGACCAAGGUUUGCAUGGCGAUGUGUCCGGAACACAGGAGGAGGUGGAGGACAUGGAAGUUCAGCAGGUGACACCUGAGGAUGUAAAAGCUGCCCAGGAAACAAUGAUGGAGAGCAGCAAGGAAGAAGAGGGAGAAGAUAUUGAUGAGAGGAAGCCCGGAGAGGUCCCGGCGUCCGUCGAUGAGCAGGUGACACCCGAGAAAACUCUGCCUGAGGACACGAAAACUACCCGGGACACGCCAACUGUCAGCCACAUGGAGAUCAGCGAGGAGGUUGAGAAAAAGGAAGACAAAUCGGAAGAAGAAGAUAUUGGAGAGAGACCAGACCCCUCCAGGAAGCCCGAGGAGAAGGUAACGUCGUCCGUCAAUGAGCAAAUGACACUCAAGAAAUCCUCCUCUAAGGAAAUAAAAGCUACACCGAAGACUAAAACAAUCAGGCUCACGGAGAGCAGCAAGGAAGAAGAGGGAGAAGAUAUUGAUGAGAGGAAGCCCGGAGAGGCCACGGCGUCCGUCGAUGAGCAGGUGACACCCGAGAAAUCUCUGCCUGAGGACACGAAAACUACCCGGGACAUGCCCACUGUCAGCCACAUGGAGAUCAGCGAGGAGGUUGAGAAAAAGGAAGACGAAUCGGAAGAAGAGGAUCUUGGAGAGAGACCAGGCCCCUCCAGGAAGCCCGAGGAGAAGGUAACGUCGUCCGUCAAUGAGCAAAUGACACUCAAGAAAUCCUCCUCUCAGGAAAUAAAAGCUACACCGAAGACUAAAACAAUCAGGCUCACGGAGAGCAGCAAGGAAGAAGAGGGAGAAGAUAUUGAUGAGAGGAAGCCCGGAGAGGCCACGGCGUCCGUCGAUGAGCAGGUGACACCCGAGAAAUCUCUGCCUGAGGACACGAAAACUACCCGGGACAUGCCCACUGUCAGCCACAUGGAGAUCAGCGAGGAGGUUGAGAAAAAGGAAGACGAAUCGGAAGAAGAGGAUCUUGGAGAGAGACCAGGCCCCUCCAGGAAGCCCGAGGAGAAGGUAACGUCGUCCGUCAAUGAGCAAAUGACACUCAAGAAAUCCUCCUCUCAGGAAAUAAAAGCUACACCGAAGACUAAAACAAUCAGGCUCACGGAGAGCAGCAAGGAAGAAGAGGGAGAAGAUAUUGAUGAGAGGAAGCCCGGAGAGGCCACGGCGUCCGUCGAUGAGCAGGUGACACCCGAGAAAUCUCUGCCUGAGGACACGAAAACUACCCGGGACAUGCCCACUGUCAGCCACAUGGAGAUCAGCGAGGAGGUUGAGAAAAAGGAAGACGAAUCGGAAGAAGAGGAUCUUGGAGAGAGACCAGGCCCCUCCAGGAAGCCCGAGGAGAAGGUAGCGUCGUCCGUCAAUGAGCAAAUGACACUCAAAAAAUCCUCCUCUAAGGAAAUAAAAGCUACACCGAAGACUAAAACAAUCAGGCUCAUGGAGAGCAGCGAGGAUGAAGAGGAGGAGGAGGACGUCUCAGACCAAGAAGACGACGAUAUGGGAGAGAGACGAGGCUCCUCCAUGAAGCACGAAAAGGAGGUGGUGGCGGCGGAGUCCAUCGACGGCCUGUUCAUGGUCGACACACGGCCCGGGCAGGAGUUGGACGAAGAUUACUAUACGCAGCGCCUCACGCAGGAGGAGGUGGUCGGCGCCAAGAAAGUGGAGGAAGAGGAGGAGGAGUUUGUGGAUGAGGAGGCCGGCGCCGAUGAUGACGACGACUGCGGGGAAGCGGCGCUCCUCUUGUCGAGCAGGAAUCCUCUACUGAAAGAGAUGUCAAGUCGCAUUGACCCGGGCAUCAACAUGAGACAGCUCGGGGGGUUGUACAUCACUUUCGACGGCAGCAAAUCAAAACCGGGCUCCAGUUCGGUGCACCGGCCGAAGGAGAUGGACCAGGAUGAGGUGAUGAAGAAGAGCGUGUUGAGUCCAGACUUUGAGAAGAAGGACGCCGUGCCGCCAUACAGUGAAUCCAAACACGCCUUGAAACGGAAACGCAGAGUGGAGCGUGAGAAGACCACAGGGGAUGCUUGGUUCAAUAUGAAAGCUCCUGAGCUCAGCAAUGAGCUCAAGGGAGACCUGAAACUGCUCAAGAUGAGAGCCUCCAUGGAUCCCAAGAGGUUCUACAAGAAGAAUGACCGAGAUGGGUUCGCCAAGUACUUCCAGAUGGCCACCGUGGUGGACAACCCCGUCGACUUCUAUCAUUCCCGCAUUCCCAAGAAGCAGAGGAAGAGGACCAUGGUGGAGGAGCUGCUGGCUGACGCAGAGUUCAGGAGCAACAACAAGAAGAAGUUCCAGAAGAUUGUGGCCGAGAAAGCAGCUCAGGCAUCCGGCAAGCACAAGAAAUACAAGAAGAAUAAAUUUCAUAAGAAAUCAGAGAAAGUCACAAAGUGAGAUUGGAUGUGAGACACGAGUCUUACAAAGAUGGAUUUGUACACAAAUUAUGGUAUGUACAAUUGGAAAUAAUGUGUUGAAAACAUGGGCUUUUAUUUUCCCUGCACAGCAAUCCUUGUCAUUUACAAAUAUAAAAAUAAACAGUCAAAUUAUGAUUAAACUGCAAUCUGCUGGCACCAUUGUUUCAGUUUUGUAUGAAUUUAAAAAAAUACAUUUUCUGUAAACACUUGAACACCUUUAACACUAUGAUAAAUAGAACAUUUGUAUUUUUUUUUAUUUUGUAUUGGAACAAAUAAUACUUCAUACGACUAAGCAUCAAGUUCUCUGUUCAUGUGUACAUGCUGUU